AUGGCUAGUAAUGAAUCAUCAAACACAUCAUCACCUCCAUUCACUCGUUAUACAAGUACUGAAUCAAAAUAUGAUGUUAAUGAUGAUGAUGUAUCGUAUAAAGAUCAUCCAUUACGUUUUUUUCGUACAUUAUCACAAGAUUAUAUUACUGAUUGUGAACGAACUGAAAAUAAUUUGAAAGAAUUAUUUGAUUUAGCUGAUCAACAACAUAUACUUUAUUGUUUAAAACAUGUUGAUUGUGGUUGUUCACAUGAUAUGUUAACUGUAUUUCAUCGUCAACUUGAUGCACUUUUUGUUUGGUAUAAUCUUUAUUACGAAUUAACAAUAUCAGUUAAAAAAAUAAGUGGUCUAUUACGUUGUGAUGAUUGUGACGAUUGGCCAAAAUUACAUUUUCGUUCCAUAACUACAACUCGUGAACGAAAAGCUAAACGAGCAUCUAAAGCUGAUAUUGAUUAUUAUUCAUCAAGUGAUGAAGCUGAAUAUGAUGAUGAUGAUGAUGAUAACGAUGAUGAUGAUGAUCAUGCUGAUGAUAAUGCAAUAGACAUAAGUGAAGAAAGUGAAAUAGAAGAUGAAUCAGAAAAUAGUGAUGAUAGUGAUAUUCUACCAAAAGUAUGUUUAAAAACAAUGGUUUUAUAAUGUUUUGUUCUUGUUAAGUAACAUAUAUUAUAUAUGCAUUAGAACUGAAAAAUAAUUCAGAUUUUCGAAAGUUCAUGACGAAAAAUGUAGAGGUGUCUCGAGCAAGGGAGAGGAUUAAGCCCCAUUUUUGAAAAGAAUUGGUUUUUCUCCAACGGAGUCUAAUUGUUCUUCUGUUUUUUUUGGCUCACUAAUUUCCAGGCAAAUGUGCAAUCCUUCAAAAUUACGGUCAACUAUAGCAAAGGUCUUUCAAUCGCUCUCCAGAGCAAUCAGCCCUCCCACAUCCUGACAACUUCAGAAUACCCUUGAUAACGAAGAAUGUGAGAUUUAGGCAUGAAUGUACUUGUUCUCCUCAUUCCGCAUCCACCAUUGAGAUAUAAAUUUACUUUUUUACAUUUUUGAAGUUUGUUUUAGCAUAAAUAGAGAUUCAGUUUCAUACACAUUUUUCUAUUUUAGUUUUUAUUCGAUACAUUUUUGAACUGAACUAACACUUAAGCACAGAAUAUAAGAUACGUAAUCUUUAAUUCGAGAUUGACCUAGGCGA